GAGGAGGACAGUGAAGAAGAAGAGACAGAGAGAAGGAGGAGAAAAAGAAGAGGAGGAGAGGGGAAAGCGCAGAGAAAGAGAGAAAGAAAUCCGGGGAGAAAUGACCGCUGGACGGAUGGAUUUUAUUUUCCCCGAGCUGCACGAGCCUCUGUAAGACAACAUGGGCUGUAUAGGAUCCCGGACGAUCACAGUGGAUGCGGUGCCAGUACAGAAAGAUGGAGAUCAGUUGUCCAUGGAGGACACUACUUCCAUUCUGCCUCGCCUCAAGAUGAAGCCGGCCCAGGCCUAUGGGAUCGGUGCCCUGGCUAAGUCCUCUCUGACAGGUGUGUCAGGCGUGACUCGCUCCAUGAAGGACAAAGUGACCAAGCCCACUGCCAUGGCCCAGGGUCGCGUUGCCCACAUGAUCGAGUGGCAGAGCUGGGGCACACCAUCUGUGGGGCAGAUGGGGACCGUGGGUCUUAACAACCUGCAGAGGGAAAAGGAAAGGAGGCUUGAGAGCGAUGCUUACAGCGACCUUAGUGAUGGCGAGAAGGAGGCCCGCUUUGCUGCAGGCAUCAUGCAGCAGUUUGCGAUCUCCGAGAUGACUCUGUUCGGCUGGAACUCGGUGGACGGGGAGAGUAUGGGAGCCGGCUCCAACCAGGGCAGUGUUGCUCACCUCAGUGAGGUCAACCAGGAGAGCAUCACCAGCAGAGACCAGGUUCUCCACCACUCCUCGGCGGACGUCUGGCCUCACACCUACGUCUCACAGGGCCUGUACUGCCUGUCGUCCACGGACGCCUGGGAGCCAAUCACCAGCCAGCCCUCGGGCAUGGCCUCACCUGCUGCAAGCUCCUACAUCAUGGCUGCCGGUGGCGGCAGCGGAGCAGCGGGUACACCCGGUGAGGGGUUCGAGGGGACGGUAGGCGGGUACCUACAGCAGCACCAUACUCAUUUCACCCUGCAGCAGCAGAACCAACUCCAACAGCUCCAACAACUUCACCAGUACCAGCAGCAACAGUUUCUGCAGUACCAACAAUCCCAGGUGGAGAUCACCGGGCAGAUGAAUGGACAGAUAGCUGACAUGGUGGGAGGAGGGGUGGAGACAGUCGGAGAGGAGCCAGAGCCCGAGUCUGAAGGCAUCCUUGAUCAGCAUGAUGAUGAAGAGGAGCUGACAAAGGUAGAAGAGGUAACAUUAACCUUGGAGCCGGAGCCGUGCUCGUUGACCCCAUCCCCGCUGAGGGAGGAGGUCCCCUCAACCAGAGGCUCAAGCCCAGGACUGUCAGUUCAGAUCGCAGAAUCUGUCGUGGGGAAGAAACCGUUUGAAGUCACGCCCUGCAUCAUCCAAUCCCGAGAGGAGUAAGGCGAAGAGGCGGGGGAGGGCUCCAUUGUUAUUGUUGCGACCAACUGCAUCAUAGGGUCAGAAUAAAACUGAAAGGAAAAAAAAAAAAAUAACAGGAAAAUAAAUACUUCAAUAAUCAAUCAAGCUAUUCUAUCCCAACACCAACCCCCCUUCCAACUAUUUACCCACUAUGAGUCAGAAGAAAUGAGAGAAGACUUUUUCAGACGAAAACGUGGGAUGUAAUGUACACAAACUAAAUGCCAAGAAGCCCCCCCCCCAAACCCCCCAAGUAACUGUGGGAAAUGUGGAAUAUUACACAUGUGACAAUGAACACAUAACAUUUAAAGUAGAUAAGAGACUUCAGUGACUGCUGAAACAAAGCUGUUUGAGGAUCAGAUGAAUUCACAACAAGUUUGGACCGACUGGACCAAAGAACCAGGACUAAAAGCCAAACAGUAGGCAAACGGACGGCUGUAAAAUCUUCAAAAGAAAAUAAAGAGAAGAAGAAAAAGAUGGGACGAGAAGAAGAAAGGUUCUAGUUAAAAAUCUGUAUCAGUGCAAUACAACAAACCUGGACACAACAAGCAUAUUCAAACAGUAUUUGCAAAUAAUUCCGAGCGGUUGGUUAAGGUGUAGCGUGUCACAACCGAAAAAACAUCCCGCAGAAACAGAAACUUUACCUGGUCCCAAAGAACUGUUGGGAUUUGUAGUAAUGCAUUUUGCUUUAGAGUGACAGCUCGUCUGCGCCCUAGUUGAGAUGUUGGGAUAAACCCAGUCCAAUCUGAUACUCAAAAGUGACCUGUGGCACACACUUGGGAGUUAUUUGCAAAAACUUGAUCUGAACACAACCAAAAGAAAGUGCAUGCUUUUUAACAGUGACAUAGCCCUAACAGUAUAACACAGUAUACAAAGUAAUAAUAUAUAAAAUUGCUUUUUAUAAUAAAAGAAGAAAAAAAACUCCAAUAAACUGAUAUGUAUUUGUAUGAAAGUAAGACUGUAUGUAUGUAUAAAUGUAGCAUUCAUUCUGGGAAA